AUGGCGUGGCAAUCAACCGGCGCAUGGAAGUCGCCACUCGUCAAGCAAUCCGAGGAUGACUCCAGUUUCCCUGGGCUCAAGCCCACGAGCCCAGAGGCUACCAACAAAAUUGAAUAUGAGGAGCUACAGCAGAACGAACUGCUGGCCCUAGAAGCCAUAUAUGGAGAAGAUUUUAUACAACAUAGCGGCACCCACAGUGCCUGGAAGAAAGCAGAACCAUCCUUCGACAUACGAAUCAAAGCACCGACUGACGAAGACUUUUCCGUGACCAUUGGCUUCGUUCUCAAUGCCACAUACCCCAAGACCCCCCCGAUUAUCACCACAAAAAAACAGGGUUUUCUCCGCGAGUCCACUCAAUUCAAGAUCCAAAAAUUUAUCGAGACUCAGCCCAAGAUAUUUGCCAUGGAAGAACAAGAAAUGAUCGAUCAGAUCGUGGAAGGCAUUCGUGAUAUUCUCGAGGAGGCUGCCCAGGCAAAGGCUGUCGGUAAAAAUCUUCCUUCGCUUGAGGAGGAGCGCGAACGUCACGAAGCCGAGGCUGCCUUGGCUGCUCAGAAGCUCAAGGAAGAGGAAGACCGUCAACGCAGAAAAGAAACAAAGGAAGAGGAGCGUGUCAUUGCCGAAAUGCUACAGCAGCAAUUGGACCGCCAACGUCAGAAAGCAAAAGAAUCUCGCCAGAGUCGUCGACCCAAUGGCGCGAACCACAUGCCAACCGCCCAAGCUACCGAAGCUGUUGAAGAUCGCAUCGAUUUCGAUCAAUUCUGCAACUCAGUUGACAAAUCUGGCAACGAGAUCACGUUUCGAUCAGUUGCAUCCAAGAGUGACAAGCGCCCAGGCAAGGUGUCUGUCGUCUACACCGUCCGCCCUGUUGUACCUACUGGAGUCUGUAACCAGACGCUCGCACUCAAAGAAGCCACCGUAAAAUCUUCCGGCAAGGAAUCUCAGGAUUUCAGAAAGCAGCUACAGUCCUUCGAGUCGCGUCUUCAAGACUUGAAAGCCUCUAAAAAGAUUGUUCACAGACAGAUUGUUGAGAUUAUGGAUUUCAAAGUCCAAGGUGGAAUUCCUUCGGAUCCUUCUGCCGCAAAUGCUUGGACAAUCAGAAUUCUCAUGCCCCUCGCUGACAAGGGUCCUCUGGAAGAACUCCUUGAAUUGGCUGGAAACCUCGAAGUAAGCAAGGUAAAAUCCUGGACGCGGGAUCUACUCGAUGCACUCAAUUUUCUACACAACAAGAACAUUGCCCAUCAGUGUAUUCAUGCCGGGAAUAUUCUUCUUUUCAGAGAGUCUACUGGCGAGAUUGUGCCAAAGAUUGCUGAUGCAUGGUAUCAACGCGAGAUUCACGCCCUCUGCGAGCAGAAGCAGGGUCCACCAGGCGUCAACUCUGCCAAGUCUGCGUAUUGGCUUCCGCCAGAAAUCGCCGCCGCCUCCAAACCCGUUUACACAUUCAAAACCGACAUAUGGGAUUUUGGUAUUGUGUUUGUGCAGAUGAUCUUUGGGCUCGACAUUCUGCGCAAGUACUCGUCGCCCAAGAACUUGAUGGAAUCUUUCUUGCUCUCUCAGCCUUUACAAGAACUUGUUGGGCGAUUUUUCAAGGAAGACAAGCAAAAGCGCCCGCGAGCUUUCGAGCUUGGCUCCAGCGAGUUUCUUGCCACCGACGCCCCAGUUCUCUUCGACGACUCCUCGGCUGCCAUCUCGAGCGUACCGUCUCUUACUUCUCUACAAGCCCCACCCUUACGCUUGCGACGCGACUCCCAUAACAGGGGAGCUACCAUCUCAAGAUAUACCGAAGACUUUGUUGAGGAAGGCCGCCUCGGAAAAGGUGGCUUCGGCGAAGUGGUAAAGUCUAGGAAGAAGCUUGAUGGGCAAAUCUAUGCCAUCAAGAAGAUUACUCAGCGAUCGCAAACGUCUUUGACAGAAAUUUUGAAAGAAGUGAGAUUGCUCUCUCAACUCAGUCACCCCGCUGUAGUCAGAUACUACAACACAUGGGUUGAAGAGGUGGCCGAUUUUACCGACACUGAGGGAGAGACAUCGACAGAUGAUUAUACGGCAGGAACCGGCGAGACUGAGUCCAAUGGUCUGGAGAUUCAGUUCGCUGCCAGCACCGGAGGGCUGGACUUCAUGUCAUCUAAUGCGCCCAUCGAGUUUGAAUACUCUGGGGGCAGCGAUGAAGAUGAAGACGGCGAAGACACUGAAGGUGAAGACGACAGCUCAUUCUCUGGCAAUGAAGACGCACACAAUCCCGACUCGCCUGUUAAGGCAAGGCAGGUCGCUCAGAUGCGUAGAGAAAGGUUUCAGAAACCGUAUCGAACCAUCCUUUACAUCUCGAUGGAAUACUGUGAGAAGCGGACGCUGCGUGAUUUGAUCUCGCGCAAUCUGUAUCAGAACACAACCGAGAUUUGGCGCCUGUUUCGACAAAUACUGGAAGGGCUUUCUCAUAUUCAUGGUCUAAGCAUUGUUCAUCGCGACCUUAAACCUGAAAACAUAUUUAUUAGCAGCAGUUCUGACGGUGUCGAUAACGUCAAGAUCGGUGAUUUUGGCCUCGCCACUAGCGGCCAGUUCACGAUUGACAAGGCUGCUGCUACGGGCCAUCUGGAAACUGAUGACAUGACGAGAAGUAUUGGUACAGCCUACUACUCGGCACCAGAAGUUCGAUCUGCGGCGCAUGGCAUGUACAGCACCAAAGUUGACAUGUAUUCACUUGGAAUCAUCUUCUUCGAGAUGUGCUACCAACCAAUGAUGGGCAUGCAAAAGGCCGACGUUAUCGGCCAAUUGCGACGACACACGCCAAUCACACCAAAAGAUUUUAAGCCUGCUGAAAAGUCAAUGACGGACAUUAUACUAUCGUUGGUGAAUCACAACCCCAAGGAGCGGCCAUCUAGCGCAGAGCUACUCAAGAGCGGCAAGCUUCCUGUGCAGAUGGAAAGCGAAACCAUUCGGCGCACUUUGGCAGGCUUGGCGGACUCAAACUCCCCAUACUAUCGCAAGAUGCUGUCGAGCUUGUUUACUCACCCGGUCGAGGCCACCAAAGAUUACGCUUGGGACAUGUUUACAAAUGCACCAACAGCAUCCGAACUCAUGGCAAGAUACCUGGUCAAGACAGAAUUGACCUCCAUCUUCCGCCGCCAUGGUGCAGUCGAAGCAACCCGUGGCGCCAUUUACCCAAGGUCCUCUCAGUAUGGAGAUAACGUUGUGCAGCUUCUUGACCAAAAUGGGACCGUGUUGCAACUCCCCUUUGAUCUGACGAUGGGACAUGCACGAAUGCUAGCGAAGAACUCUAGUGGCCCGAUUGUAGCGAAAACAUUCGCGUUUGGCAGUGUCUUCCGCGACAAGCAGGAUACAGGGCAGCCGCAGAUGUUUGGAGAAGUCGAUUUUGACAUCGUGAGCACUGAUGCUUUGGAUUUAGCGCUGAAAGAGGCAGAGGCACUGAAAGUAAUCGACGAGAUUCUGAUUGCCUUUCCAUCGCUGUCAACAACUCCCAUGAGCUUCUACCUUGGCCACUCGGAUCUUCUGCAGUUGAUUUAUGAGCAUUGCGGUAUAGAGCCAUCCAAUCGCCGCGCGACAUCAGAUGUUCUUAGCCGCCUCAAUAUUCACAAUUUCACGUGGCAAAAGAUUCGAAUGGAGCUUCGGUCCCCUGCCGUAGGUCUCUCCGCCACCAGCGUCGAUGAGCUCCAGCAAUUCGACUUUAGGGAUACGCCAAACAAGACAUUCGCCAAGCUGAAGAAGUUGUUUGAGGGUACAGACUUGUAUCAAAGAGCGUCCCCGACCAUUGCUCACCUGAAAGAGGUGACGGAGUACUCGAAGCGCUUUGGUGUUACGACAAAGAUUUACAUCAGUCCACUCAAUAGCUUGAAAGAAAGCUUCUACGCCGGAGGCUUACUUUUCUCGUGUCUCUACACCAAGAGAGUCAAGGAUGUCUUUGCCGCUGGCGGUCGCUACGACGCGUUGAUCAAGGAGCAACGGCCCAAGAUGGGUGGCAACUUUGACGAGCGUCAUGCUGUGGGCUUUAGCAUCGCUUGGGAGCGCCUUGCUAAAAUCCCCAAAGCAGGGGGGAAAGCGUUCCUCAAGAAAAUGGAGGAUGACACGAACAGCCUGGCCAACCCCAAGCGAUGCGACAUUCUCGUUGCAAGCUUUGACCCGGCCAUGCUGAGAUCCUCUGGCGUUGAACUGCUCCAGACACUCUGGGCGCAGGAUAUUACCGCCGAGCUCGCUAAAGAUUCCCGAUCUCCAGAAGACUUGCUGCAGAAACACAGAGACGAUAAUUACUCGUGGAUUAUUAUCGUCAAGCCCGAAUCCAUGCUGAAGAUCAAGUCGCUGCUGCGCAAGGACGUUGCCGACGUCGAUAUUCCCACCACACAGCUGACGGCCUGGCUCCGCACCGAAUUUCACAAGCGAGACAUGAAGGGUAGCGGCAGCAUCAGCAGCAACCGCAGGAGCAUACUGGCCGCGCCGGGCGACAGCGCAUCCUCGGCCGCCGCCGAGCGGGAGCGCGAGCAGGACGUCAAGGUGCUUGUGGCACAGACACGCAGCAAAAAGUUUAACCGCCGCACCGUCGUGGAACAGGCCCAGAUCACGGCCGCCAACUUGGUGACGUCGUUUCUCGAGGGCCCCGUGCUCGCCGUCGAGACGUCGGAGCAGGUCAUGGCCAUGAUUGGCCGCACGCGACUGUCGGACCCGGAAAGCUGGCGCAGAGUCGACCACGGCGUGACGACGACGGAGAAGAAGUAUGUGCGCGAUAUUCACGACCAGCUGGAUGCGUGGAAGUAUGCACACGAUGGGAGCGGGGCCACGCGGCACUCCUUUUUGUAUAAUUUUAGAACGGGAACGUGUCUCUACUAUGACUUGGCGGCGUAG